AGUAAUCCUGUCUGUUUUACAGCUUGUUGUCUGUUUAGUUACACCUGGUCUCUUUUUCAUAGCCAUAGAUCAAAGUGAAGGCCACAUAAAAGUUUAGCUAAGAAGAUAGAGAAUAAAAAAGACUUUACAACAUCCGCUGUGGCGAAAGCAUAUUCAUUUCGUUAGUUUUAGCAUCAGUCACAAUGGCCGAGUACAUAUACAAAGCAUCAGUAUGCCAGAAGAACUAUAACUUUAUGAGACAGUUUCGGGACAGAAAUACCAGAAAACUGAAGAAUCUGACAUCUGCACAGUUUAUGGAGGUUUGGAGCCACUACGAUGCGGAUGGUAAUGGUUAUAUUGAAGACCAAGAACUUGAUAAUUUUCUAAGAGAAUUUGUGUCAAGUGUCAACACUAGUGAUAUUGGGCCAGAGAUGCUAUCUGAAUCAAUGCUGGAAGAACUUAAAAAAUGUUUCAUGGAGGCGUAUGACGAUAACAAGGACGGAAAGAUUGAAAUUAGAGAGCUUGCUCAAUUGCUUCCUCUUGAGGAGAGUUUCUUGUUGCUUUUUCGCUUUGACAAUCCACUUGAGUCCAGCGUGGAAUUCAUGAAGGUGAACAAAAAUUCUUUCAUUUAAGAAUUUUCAGGACUCAUAAACAAAUUUAUACGACAGUCCAAUCCUGCUAUGUAAAAUUAAACUUGCACUUUCAGUUUAUUAAACGUACUCACCAAGGCAAAUGAUAACAAUUAUCGGCACAAGAUUCACAGUGGCCUAUAUGAAAUAUAAAUAAAACCGAUCCUAAUAUUCAAACUUUUUUAUUGUUUGUUCUUGUCUUCUUUAAUUAAGUCGAUAAUUACAGCGGUUUUCAAGAAUUUCCAACAGUGAACGUUUUAGAGCACUUUUCCAUGCCUUCCAGGAAUUCAAGAUGAAUAAUAAUAUUUGAUGAAAUUAUUUCGAGAAUUUAAAUAUUCAAAUAAAGAUUUAAACGAGAGGAACGUUGUGAAGAGAUAAGGUGUUCGAAUAGUGCCCAAGGAAGUGCAGAUCAAUAGGCGUUUAAAGGUAGUUCAUAUUAAAUAAAUAUAGGGAGUAGUAGUAGUUACUUAUCUGUCUAUCAAAGGAGUAGCUGCUUAGAGUGCCACAGAUGAUAUUGUCCACCACAGGAGUAACUGCUUAGAGUGCCACAGAUUAUACUGUCUACCACAGGACUAACUGCUCAGAGUGCCACAGAUUAUAUUGUCCACCACAGGACUAACUGCUCAGAGUGCCACAGAUUAUAUUUUCCACCACAGGAGUAGCUGCUCAGAGUGCCACACAUUAUAUUGUCCACCACAAGAGUAACUGUUCAGAGUGCCACAGAUUAUAGUGUCCACCAGAUGAGUAACUGCGCAGAGUGCCACAGAUUAUAUUAUCCACCACAGGAGUAGCUGCUCAGAGUGCCACAGAUUAUAUUAUCCACCACAGGAGUAGCUGCUCAGAGUGAUACAGAUUAUAUUGCCCACCACAGGAGUAGCUGCUUAGAGUGCCACAGAUUUUCUACCAUAGGAGUCUUAAGAGGUUAUUAUGUCAUUGUACAGAUCAUUGGUUAGGCCACAUGAUUAAUAUUUUAUUCAGUCUUGGACUCCUUACGUCAGAAAAGACGCUGAAUUGUUGGAAAAGAUUCAGGGAUAGAAGGAUGAUACCUGGGAUAGAAAUGUUAUCAUACGAGGAUAGGUUAAGAAAUCUGAAUUCGUUUUCUCUUGACAAAAGAAGAGUUUGAGAAUAUCUGAUUAAGGGUUUUAAGACUGUUAAGGGAAUUGAUAGUGUUGAUGCAUAAUCGUUUUUAGAUUUAAUUGUGUACAUGGUAAUACUGGGGGACACAAGUAUAAAUUUUGGCAGAGAAGAAGUCAUCUUCAUCUGAGACAGCUUUAUUUUUCUAACAGGGUGGUUGGUCUUUGGAAUGGUUGCCCUUGGAGGUGGUGGAUGCAGUUAAUUUAAGGGAGUUUAAGGUAAAGCUUGAUAAAUAUUUGAAUGACAAGGGAUAGCUGGCUUUGAGGCGUCUUUUUUAAUUUAAUGGCUAGGACGGCCUUAAAGGACCAAAAUGUUAUGUUAUAGUCAACUAUCGAACUCUCUGGUGGCUCCAAAAGGGAAUCCACUUGGUCUGCCCCACUUAGACAUCAUGUAGAAACAGUCAGUGUCCAUUAAUGACGUCAUGUGCUAAUGGAGAUGAAUACCCUUCUAUGUGGUAAAAGAUAAAGUAAUCAAUAUAGUUUAUUAAAUUGUAUUAAACUAGCAUAAUUUUAGUCAAUUACAGUUUU